AUGACGGACAGGAGGAGAAUAAACGGCCCUUCUGGCGGCACGUCGGCGCCAGUCUACUCCAAAUACCUCACCAAAGAUGCGAGCGACCUGGACAGGCCCACAAGAACCAGAGCCCCAAAUGUGCUCAGGAAAAUGUUCUUGAAGACAGGUGUCACUCCUUCAGCUUCGGGAUCGGCUUACUUCGAACUUGAAGCUUUGAAGAACCAAAAAGCCGUAGCGCCCGGUCUUGCUUCUCUUUCUACCUCUGGCCUGAAGCUUACUUGCACCGUCCACGGACCUCGACCUCUACCCAAAUCCGCGCCCUUCUCUCCCCAUAUCAUUCUCACGACGCACGUCAAGUAUGCGCCGUUUGCUACGAGGAAGAGGCGAGGCUACGUUCGAGAUUCCACUGAGAGGGAUCUAGGCGUACAUUUAGAGACUGCGUUAAGAGGGGUAAUAAUCGGAGACAGAUGGCCCAAAAGUGGAGUGGAGGUUAUCAUCACGAUUCUAGAAGGUGAGGAGGAUCAAUGGUGGGGGGAUGACCGCGGACGAGGAUCAAGCGGCUCUGGGGAUUGGGGAAUGAUGACUGUUCUCAGCGGUUGCAUAACGGUUGCUUCUGCCGCCAUUGCGGAUGCUGGAAUCGACUGUGUGGAUGUUGUUGCUGGUGGGGUCGCUGCUGUGGUUCGGGGUUCUGGAGACAUAGGGAAGCCAUCUCCAACGAUUCUGGUACUGGAUCCUGCGCCUUCCGAGCACCAGGAGAUAGUCGCUGCUUGCGUUGUGGCUUAUCUACCUUCUCGGGAUGAAAUCACGGAUCUUUGGGUCAAGGGAGAUAUUGGGCACGAGAACCAGAGAUCUUUACUCCAAACUUAUUCAUAUGAGGACCUUGCGGAUAAUGCUGUACAGGCGGCCCUAGGAGCACAUAGGGUGCUUGUUGGGGCAUUGAAGGAAACUGCGGAUAUGAAAAUUAGACGAUAA